CCCCGUCCGCGUCUGCCGUCGUCGGGCUGUUUACGUUGUUGCCUGUGUAUUACUCAACACUAAAGUAAGACUCCCGACGGCACGUGCGGGCCGCGGAAUUCUCGUAGACACCAGUGGCACAGCUGUGUUGUCGGGCCGAUCAGUGGUAAAAGCUGAAGCGGUAAGGUUUCUCUACUUUCGGUUACUUUGGUAGCAGCAGUUGAUUCGCAUCAUCCCUUGCACGCAUCGAAACGGCGCCAAAGUUGACGCCAUGUGGAACAGCAAUGCCAGAGCGCUUGAGGCGAUGGAAGCCGCAAAGUCUACCAACCCUCUUGGAUACUCGCUUCUACACUUCUCCGUCGACCUGUACAAGCAGCUGACUCGAAAGAGUAACCACUCUGGUGGAAACGCAUUCUACUCCCCCUUCAGCAUCUCGGCUGCUCUCUCUAUGGCUCUAGCAGGGGCACGGAACACCACUGCCAAGCAGCUCGCCGAGGCCCUGCACGUCGACAGCGAGGAGAUUCACAACCACUUCUCGGGCUUCAUCUCCAAGCUUCCUGGAUAUGCCCCGGACGUGAAACUGCACGUGGCGAACCGGAUGUAUUUAGAGAAGACGUUCCCGGUGCUGGACAGCUACCUCUCGAUCCUUCGAGACUGCUACGGUAGUACGAUCGAGUCCGUCGAUUUCCGAAGCAACUCCGACAACGUUCGGAGGCGGGUCAACGCCUGGGUCGAGCAAGCCACGCAAUCGAAGAUCCGAGACCUCCUUCAGCCAGGAAGCGUAGACAGUUUGACCACCCUUAUCCUGGUGAAUGCCAUCUACUUCAAGGGCCUCUGGAAGUCGCAAUUCAAAGCGAACUGCACACGCCCUUCAGAUUUCCACCUGAACUCGAACAACAAGACGUUGGUGGACAUGAUGUACCAGAAAUCUGAUUUCAACAUGGCUCACAACAUGGCACUCGAAGCGACGGCUCUGGAAAUACCAUACCAAGGCGGCAAGAUUUCCAUGGUCGUUUUGCUACCAGACAAAAUCGAUGGACUGUCCAAUCUCGAGGAAGCUUUGAGCGCCGAAAAAGUGACACAGAUUUUGAUGGACCUGCAGUAUUGCACCGACGUCAAGCUGUACCUUCCCAGAUUCAAGUUCGAACAGGCGAUACACCUCAGGCAAACGCUCGCUGCGAUGGGCAUCGAGGAACUCUUCAGCCUUGCCUCUGCUGAUUUGACAGGCAUCAGUGCCGACGGAAACCUAUGGGCUACCGAAGUAGUCCACAAGGCUUUCGUCGAAGUCAACGAGGAAGGCACGGAGGCUGCAGCGGCAACCGCCGUUGUGAUGAGUUUCGGAUGCAGCGCUAGUAGGGUCAUAGAGAAGAAAUUCGUCGUAGACCACCCGUUCAUGUUUCUCAUACGAAGCCGCGAUCCGGACAUCAUCCUCUUCGUGGGAUCCGUUCGUCGACUCUAGUUACCCCCGAAGGGGCGCGACAACUUUCAUAAGUGCUGCAAAAAUCUUGUGACUGAAGAUUUGUGACAUCGACCACGGAACUGCUACUAAGUCGGGGGCAACAACAGUGGCCGUUCUCCUUUCCUUUAUAACUUUUCUUCCAUUUCACCAGUGCAGGACACCACACAACUGGGCUCAGCAUCAGCUGGUUAACACCCCUGUCUUGUUUUUAUCCUUUUCCUCCUCCUUAUGCAUGCGAUGUUUGCGGCACCGAAGAAAACAUCGAACACUUGCUCUGCCACCGUCCUCGUUUUCUCUCGGAGAGACAAGUACUUUCCAACGCACUGCGGCGACUGGAUGAUCGGCCAUUUUCCGUGCAGGUGCUACUACAGCACCGUCCACAUCUCCAGACGGCCCACAAGGCAGUGAAAGCACUCUUGUGCUUUUUGAGGAUGACGGGCUUGUGCGAACGCCUCUGACUUGUGGUACAAUCCCGAACGCUACAGUGAAUUCUCUGCCUUUCUUUUUCUUCUUCUCUUUCCUCCUAUCUGUUUCUCAUCUAUGCAUUGCCCUCCCCUAAUUCCCCAGUGUAAGGUAGCCAACUGGACGUUUUUCUGGUUAGCCUUUUCCUCUUCUGUUUCCUCCCUCCUCCUCCUUAUGACUUUAAGGUCACACGCUAUCGCGACCCCACAGCAGGAUUAGCGUUACAAAUUAAGAAAAACUUUUCAUGCGCUCUAAGUAGAAGGGCUUGGAUUGUAUGGAUGGAUUUUAGUAUGUUUCAUUGCCUUUCGCCUUUUUGUAACUACGGGUUUAAGACCAUGACUUUGUCACUGUGUUUCUGACUGUGUUAUCAUUGCAAGGUGUCAUCUGUUGGAACAGUUGUUUUCGCUUCUUUUCUCGCUUCUUGUGCUUCUUUUCGCACACUGAUUUCUUCGUUUUUGCACCGGCCAGAGCACACAGGCGGGAAAGCUUAAAGGGUGCCGUGAAGACGAGCUUUACGACGUGCUUUAAUGCUAUCCUGUUAAGGUUGUGUGAAAUGGUGUGAACGUAAGGCAUGACAACAUACUUUUUAGGGCUCUGUCGUGGUGAAAAGGAAGGUAAAGCACCCUUCUCCUUAAGAUGGGAGGAUGCCACGGCAACAAGCAAGGUGGAAAGGAAACCCGAAGCUAAAAAGCGUGAAAUCUGAUGGUCGAAGCUAUGGCUGACCUUAUGAGUUCAUGACUUGGUCAGCGCCGAGUUGAGGCAUGAGGAAGCAAUGCCCCUUUUCACUAGUUUAGUAUGAGAUGAAUCAAAGGGUAAAAUGGCUUUCUUUGACCGCGGUUUACACUCCCAGCAAAUAUGGACGUCACAAUUGAAAAACAGGGCUAAAUCUAACAACUGGAUUGUGUCGUUGUCAGGAAGUUCCGUCGUGAAUAAUAAUGAGGGCGACCACUGUUUGAAACACUUCAAGACACUGUCAGCGGCUUCUUCAUAGCUAAGAUUGAUGGGGACUGAGAUAAAAACAAUAAAAUCGUCGACAUAUCUGCAUACUUUUAACACACGUGAACGGUUCAGUUCUUGCUGAAGCUUUCGGUCAAAACUGGUAAGAUAAAUCUCGCAUAGAACUGGCGCCACACACGAGCCAAUACAAAUUUCUUCUGUAUAUAAGUCUUGGUGUUAAAGCUAACAAAGGUAGAGGCCAAGUAGCAUGUCAAUAGCUCCAUAAAGCUAUUAGCAGUAACAAAGCAACCAUUCUUAAAGGACACCACACCAUACGAGUCAAUUGCCUCUCGGACAGUCACAAAGAGUUCUUCAUGUGGUACUGAGUAAAAUAAGUCUUCAAUGUCCACCGACAACGCAUAGUUGGCUCCCGGCGCUCCCAUUUUCAAGGCUUGCACAAGAGUGUCUGAAGGUCGGAGCACAAACGGAUCCGCCGAUGUAAGUACCUUCACGUGACGCUGAAGGAGGGCACUCACGUUGCGCUGCCAGCUGUCAGUUGCUGUGAUUAUGACCCGAAAAGUACAGAGUGCUUUGUGAGUUCUUGCAGUGAAGAAUGGCCUCAGCCCCUCACCCUUGCACGUCUUGACCGCCUUGCAGAGUUCGUCGAACUUCAUGCCUUGAAGAAGGGCGGUUGCCUUGGCCUUGACCUUCGCAGCAGUAGCGUCCACUUCUUUGAAACUUUUUUCCAUGGCUGAAGCAGCUUUUUCUUUGAACAGGCGCUUUGGGAGAACAACAAAGCCGCCUUCCUUGUCACUUUGCAUAAGUGCGAGUUCGGACGUUCUGAAGAAAGAAGCUGUUUUGCGUACUGCUACCGCUUUUGCGUACUGUUACUGUUAAGCUGUUACCGCAUGUCCCAGCGAUUCGGCGAUUUUUGUGUGUGUGUGUGUGUGUGUGUGUGUGUGUGUGUGUGUGUGUGUGUGUGUGUGUGUGUGUGUGUGUGUGUGUGUGUGUGUGUGUGUGUGUGUGUGUGUGUGUGUGUGUGUGUGUGUGUGUGUGUGUGUGUGUGUGUGUGUGUGUGAAAGUGGCUGUUUUGAAUGCGCCUGCGCAUAAGCUUUCUUGGUGAGAAGUUUUUUAGAAUAAACUCAGUUGCAAAUGAG